GGAGUCAUCCUUUUGCUUGGUUGUGUUGUUUUCAUCAUCACUCAUACUCCUCUGUCAUUCUAUGGUGGCACACUGUCUCUCCUCCCUACUGGCACCGUCACCACCAUUGUCGUCUGUGAAGAAGAAACGUUGCCACGAUGAUGAGAUGGCUGCCUUGCUCCAAUUCAAGCAUAGCUUUGUGAUCAGCACCAGUACCUGCAAUGACAAUGACUGGAAUUAUGCUCCUCCGGAACCUAAAGCAGAAUCAUGGAAAGAAGGUGGCGAUUGCUGCUUCUGGGAUGGUGUGGAGUGUGACGAACAAACUGAUCAUGUCAUCGGCUUAGACCUCAGUCACAGUUGCCUCUUCGGGUCCAUAAGCUCCGGCAGCUCCCUCUUUAGCCUUACUCACCUCCAAAGGCUUGACCUCUCCUUCAAUGACUUCAACUCUUCUCCCAUACCAUCUGCAGUCGGAAACCUCUCAAGUCUCACUUAUCUCAAUCUGUCCGAUUCGAGCCUAACUGGCCAAAUCCCACAACAGCUCUCCAAUAUUUCCACUUUGGUUUCACUUGAUCUAUCUAAUAAUCUCGGUUUGGAACUUCAACAGUUGAUCAACGUCUCUUCUUCUGGGGACCUUCGCUCAAAUUUCUUGUCUUUGGAAUCUCUUGAUGUUUCUUGGUGUGAUCUGAAGGGCGAGUUUCCUGUGGCCAUUUUUGAUCUCCCGAAACUCAAGAUGCUCAAUCUAAGUAACAAUGACGAUCUUAAAGGCUAUUUGCCCGACUUCCAUGUAGGGAGUCCUCUUACAUCGUUGCGGCUCUCUCAUACAAGUUUUGGGGGAGUGUUGCCUCCCUCCAUUGGAAAUCUUGCCUCUUUGGAAGAUAUAGACAUCUCCAAUUGCAAUUUUACCGGGAAGCUUCCGAUGACACUCGGUAAUCUCACUCAGCUUGUUUCUUUUAAUUUAUGGGGUGCUAAAUACUUCAGCGCCGGUAAUGACUGGUUCGUCCCUCAUAGUAAUCACUUCAGCCCAGAUAGUCUUACUAGUACUUCAUUAUCCUGGAUUGGUAAGCUCACCAAACUCACUCAUUUGAAAGUUCCACACUUGAACUUGACAGGUGAGAUCCCGUCUUGGCUCGCGAACCUCACUCAGCUCAUACACAUCGACUUGUCUCACAAUCAGUUUACCGGUCAAAUACCAUCCAAUUUUAGUCCCCUACUUGAGAGGUUGGACCUUUCGUAUAACAAUUUGGAAGGCACUAUUCCUACAAAUCUAUCUUGUCUUCGUCACCUUCAUAGUCUUUCACUUGAUCAUAAUAGAUUUGUCGGAUUGGUGGAGCUAAGCUUAUUCUCUUCCCUCAAAAAUUUAACUUCAUUUAUCAUAUCGCAUAAUAAUUUGUCGUUGAACCUAACCAAUAUUAGUUCAAAAAAUCUCAACUUUCCAAACCUACAAUUUUUAGGAUUGGCUUCUUGCAAUCUAUCUGAGUUUCCUACGUUCUUGCAUCACAACAAAAGACCAUUUGAACACCUUGAUCUUUCCAGUAAUAGUCUUAGAGGUCAAAUUCCUCCAUGGAUUUGUGAUCUUGGUCAGAAUUCUAAAACUGGCCUCUAUCUGAACCUCUCUCAUAACCUUUUAACGGGUUUUCAACAAGAACAUCCUCUCUUUCAUCCUCGGGUUAGAAUAAGAAGUUUAGACCUUAGGAAUAAUAAGCUACAAGGAUCUCUCCCAAUCCCACCAUCUUCCUCCACCUCCACUUUUUCAACUUUCCUGGUUUCAAACAACAGUUUGUCAGGUGAAGUGUCACAACUCAUUUGUAAUUUCACUUCCCUUUUGCAUCUUGAUUUGUCAUUCAAUAGUUUGAGUGGAAAGCUUCCCCAAUGUUUGAGUCAUUUUAGCAAUUUUCUUUCAUUGCUGGAUUUGGGAGGAAACAAGUUUUCUGGAAAUAUUCCGUCAAUGUGGAAAAAUGGAUGUUACCUGAAAAUGAUUAGUAUGAGCCACAAUCAAUUACAAGGGCAGAUACCUAGGUCAUUAGCAAAUUGUACAUGGCUGAAAUUUGUUGAUUUUGGUAACAACCAAAUAACUGAUACUUUUCCGUUUUGGCUGGGAAGAAUUCGAGUGUUGAAUGUCCUUAUAUUGCAAUCAAACCGUUUUUAUGGUGUAAUUAACAAUGACUUUGGAUUCUCAAACCUUCGAGUCAUCGACUUAUCCAACAACACUUUUAGAGGAAAUUUGCCAUCAAAGUUUGUUAACACCUCGAAUCCCAUGAGAGCGUUACUUUCAAGUCGCAUUAUGAAAUACAUGGAGCAGACAUUGGAACCGAAUGCCAUUUGGGGUUUUGAAGAAUUCGGCCCAUUUGAUUACUCAAUAACCAUGCAUAACAAGGGUUUGGACAUGAACUAUAUGAAGGUUCCGGAUACGUUUUGUGGCAUAGAUUUCUCCUCCAACUAUUUUGAAGGACAGAUUCCUGAUGUGUUUGGACAUCUUGCGGGGCUUCAGCUGCUGAAUCUUUCCCGAAACCAUCUCAGCGGUCACAUACCAUCUUCCUUUUCAAACAUGAAGAAUUUAGAAUCUUUGGAUCUCUCCCGAAACCAACUCUCGGGACAUAUUCCAAUGGAACUCACAAAACUCACUCCUCUUUCAUCACUUGAUGUGUCAUUUAACAACCUCUCUGGCCCUAUACCACAAGGAAACCAGUUCUGUACCUAUGACUCCAAAUCAUAUCAGGGGAAUCCGGGAUUGUUUCUUGAAACUUGGAGUAAGCAGUGUGGCAAUGCGAGAUCUUUGCCUCAACCACAGCAGCCUCCAUCCACUACGGAUGAUGAUGAUGAUGGCCUUAAAAUAAAGUGGAUGAUAAUAUUGACUGGAUUUGCCAGUGGUUUGGUUGGUGGAUUGAUCUUUGGGAACGAGCUGACUACGAGAAAACACUAUUGGUUCGUCAAGACUUUCGCAAGUAUACAGAGAUGGUAUGCGCGAGAUCAGGGGAAUCUUAGGUCCUAAUCAUUUUCAGCUGUGUUUGGGGUCGGAAUGAGAAAUAAAUGGUCGGGGACGUGUUUGUACUUCGCAGUAUUAGUAAAAUCAGCAUUUGAAAACGAUAGGUUUUUAAAACACUAAAACUGAACUCUAAGG